GACGAACGGAAGAAGAGAACAAAAACGGCAAUGAAACGGCCAUUCGAGAUUGGGGAAGGAGUUCGAACUCGUCUCACAGCUACAGAACGGAACAAACUAGGCGGUAAGAAGCUGGCAGAUUUGAAGAGUAAACGAUUUAUAGUAUUAGAGCGCCACGGCAACACUUACAAGCUGCAAGAGGAAAAUAACCCGUCCGGACGUGUGAAACAAAGGCAUUUUAACGAGCUGGAGCCAGCCCCACCACAAGUCCUGUCGUGGGAAACUGAAGAGUCAGAUGACCAGGCAGACAACUAUGAGUCAAGUAGCGAUUCGGAAGGUGAACCACAACCACCAAGGCGCAGCACUAGAGGACGACAACCAACUAACGUCUUCAGGUUGAUUGGCAUCAACAACAAUACGAACAGAGCGAAGCAAUGGAAAUAA